GAGGAGAGAGAGAGAGAGAGAGAGAGAGAGCGUGUGUGUGUGUGUAUGUGUGCUGCUGCACUUGAGGUUUGGAAGCAGUGAGGGAGAGAGCGAGUGAGAGAGAGAGCAGGAGAUGGGGAUGCUGGUUCUGUGUUUGGUGGCCUGCUCUCUUCUCGUGGAUGGAGGCUCGGGCGCUGCGGCCGCCUCUGGUGGAAAAGAAGUUCACGGUCGGACACCCGACAUGAGAAUGCCUGGUUAUCUGUACAUCAGAACCACCGGAAGAUGUACUCCCCAGUUCUGGAGCAGUGGAAGGGAGCCAUGGCCUAACACGGUUCCUCAUGAUUCAUCUGUUUCAAAGGUAUUUGGAUCGAGGUUGCUGGAGCGGUAUGAGCCAGGCUUAACUCUGUUGGAGGCUACACAGAAGAAUGAUGACAUUGGUGGCAGCGCCUUCUCCAACUUAGUAAAGCAGUCAAGCGCUGCACUCCUCAAUGCCUACUCUAGACCUGGUUUCCCUUACAGUGCUUGGGAGAUCAAGAGUUUGGUCUUAGAGGCGCUUGUAUCGGAGUCUUCUGCUGCUUCGCAGGCAGAGCAGUUCAAGCAAGCUAAUGAAGCAUGCAAUUAGCUACUAGAUACUUCCUAACUCAUGUUAGCUGUUGUGGAGGAGCAUUCAUCAAUAUGUUUAUUGCUCCAAUUUCUCUUUUAUGUAUGUAGUGCAAAAUUUAGGGUUCCAGGUCUUAUCCAAUGUUGUUGUCGCGGUUAAGUGUGCCAAGUCAAGACUCCUAAAGAAAGCAUGUUCCUCUCUGGAUCUUUUUUGCAAUGUAAGCUUUUCUGCUCUAUGUAUCUGCUCCAUCA